AUGGAGCUGUGGUCGCCGGUGGCCGAGAUAAUCCGGAGAUCUAGUGAACCGUCUCAAUGUCUGGUCCAGUCCGGCGAUGGAGCGAGGCAACAAGGCAUGUGCGGCGAGAUCGUUCCGGCAAUGCACCGUUUAGGUGAGUCGGAUAUAUGGUCCGCUUUUGGUUUAGGACCGGAACAACGAAAGCCGGGGAUAUUGAGUCUUUCUGAUGAUGCGUCUCCGGGUGUAGUUGUUCUCGUGUCGCUUAGAGUCUGUGUAGGUGGUCAAAGAGAUGAUAAUAUUCUGAUUUGUGGAGUAUUAUCUAUCUCAUUGUGGUUUAAAAAUGCAAUGGUUCCUCGAUCAGGUAGCGCUGGAUCCGAUAGUGUUUCAGCGUGA